AUGGCCGCAGCAGGGUCCCGCCAGCUCCAGUUCGGGAACAGCGCCACGUUCCCGUCGUACCGGCCCACGUACGCCGGCGGGACGCUCCUGCCUCCUCCGAACCCCGCCACCGCCCUGCUCCCCGCGAACCCCUCGGGCAGCGGCCCGGAUCGCGGUGCCCCUGCCGCCUUCCCCGGCUUCCUGAGUAGGGGCCCGGGACCCACUGCACCGCCCCGCGCUGGCUCGGGCCCGCCUGCGCCCCCCAAAGGUGCGGCCGCUCCGUCGGCGUCACAGCGCCGCAAGCGCACGUCGUUCAGCCCCGAGCAGCUGCAGCUGCUGGAGCUGGUCUUCCGCCGGACCAUGUACCCCGACAUCCACCUGCGCGAGCGCGUGGCCGCACUCACCCUGCUCCCCGAGUCCAGGAUCCAGGUGUGGUUCCAGAACAGGCGUGCCAAGUCACGGCGUCAGAGCGGGAAAUCCUUUCAGCCCUCAGCGGGGCCCGAGCUCUUCCUCCACCACUCUGCUCAUGGAACUGAAGCGAAAUGUUUGAAGCCCCAGCUGCCUCUUGAGGUAGAUGUGAACUGCCUGCCAGAUCCCAAUAGGGUUGGAGGGGCCAGCUCUGACCCUAGCUCCCAAGGUCAGAAUUGUGAAACCUAUUCUCUCCCUGAAGAUAUUGGUUCGAAGCUGGACUCAUGGGAUGAACACAUCUUUUCUGCCUUUGGUAACUCUUGA